GAGUUUUGGAAUCACAGUUUCUUAUUUGUGUGCAGAAUUUUUCUAAAUAGCUAAGCACCUAAUUACUGUAAAAGCAACUGGCCACCAUCACACCUUGUAGACAGGUAGGUGAGAUUGCAUCAGAGAAGAGAAGGCUUCAGGUCUCUACCCUUCACUGUGUCAGAACUGGGAGCUCUAUUGAGAUACAUGUAGGAAAGAAGAACCCUCAUGGAGGGAGCAGCCAUGUUGCAAUGAGUGGAAAACACAGAUAAUAUGAAGAGCAAGUCCAGGGAGUAAUGGAACCAGACCCUGGAACAACCACUGGGAAGUUAAAAAUCUCCCAAUCAAGCCGAACCCGGAGAAUGAAAUAGUUCCUUUGGCCAGACUGCUCUGAAAAUAAGGGAAAAGACUGAUUCACAUUGAAGGCCUCCAGGGAUGAAUAUCCUCCACCUACUCCUGGCCACCCUGCUGGUCUCCAUGUGCUUCCUCACUCCCUCCAGCCACCUGCCACCUGAAGAAAAGCCCAGGGAUGACAGGAGCCUACGGGACAAUUCCUCCGUGAAAAUCUUGGAUUUCCCUUCUGUCUCUAUUGUAGUUUGUGACCUCCAGAAACAUCUGGCUUUGCUCCUUCUGUCUCUCUUUGAAGCACUGAACAAGAAAUCCAAAAGGAUCAGUAGAAAAGAGGCGGAAAAGAAGAAAUCUUCCAAGUUCUUCCUUUGCACUAGACGCAUUUCAAGUCCUCAGAAGCUUCAUAUGGCUAAUGGCUACUCAUUUCCUGUGUUCGAUGCGUGGAAUGCAGGCCGCGAGAGAAACUCUUCCACGAAGACCGUGGCCCGGCCCCGGCCGCCGCCACCCACCCCCUGCGUGGCUACUCGAGCGAGCUGCAAGUCGCCGGCGCCCGCCUGCUGCGACCCCUGCGCCUCCUGCCAGUGCCACUUCUUCCGCAGCGCCUGCUCCUGCCGCGUGCUGAACCCCGUCUGCUGAGCGCGCCCAGCCGCCUCCAGGGCACCGGUGACUUCCAACAGCGGUGCCUUCCUAGGACCCGGCGCGCGUACAGUUACUUAGGUUGGGGCGGAGCUUCCCGGAGGCGGGGCUUCCAGAAGACCUGGCUUGGGCCCGGCUAAACCCCAAAUAUAUGUAGGCUGCUCCAGAGUGUGUGGCUGUUUCCUUAAAGGACCCCAAAGAUCCCCUUCCCUUACUCCCGGCUCCUUCACAGCGGAAGACCCGUGGACUGCGCAUGCUCUGUUUCCCGGGCAUGGGAAACCCGAUUUCCCGCGCCCUAGCGCUGCCGCCUCCUUAACCGCUCGUCCGCUUCUCUGCUGGAAUCAGACGUCAUCCCGACCUUUAAACCUGAGAACACGCCAAGUUGCCCGUCAGGAGUUCGCUAUGAAGACUCACACAUGGGCUGUGUCCUUCCACAAGGUCAGCUUUUUCAGUCCUAGAGCACGAUGAACAAUUAUAAAGCAGGUUCAAUACUCUAAACGCGGUAACAUUUCACCACGUGUUUAACUUGUCUUCUUAAGGGUGGCACAAAGCAAAGUAGAAAUCACAUAACAAACCAUACAGAACGGAGGACAGGACGUUAACAAACCGAAGGUGAAUAUCUGUGAGCGAGCAGUUGAGAUAAGGCCUCACUCGGGUCUGGGUCAGCUCUUGGCGCUUGCUGUUUAUUAUGUUCAAGCAUAACAUAAUAAAAUAAGAAGGAGCUCUGUUCUUUUCAGACAUCAACCAGGCAGCCUUCAGCAGCAGCUGGCUUUGAAGUGAUCAGACAGAGCGAGGUCAGUGUCUGAGGAGUCUUCACAAUUUGCUGCAAAUAUCCUCUUUUUAAAAGGGAUUUAAUCAGUCUUGAGCCUUUACAGACCUCCUCUGUUUCCGUUGGUUAUCACUUCGGAGUGUGUCAAAAGCUGGUGCUGGUCUCAGUGAUACCUGGUCUUGGCUGCAAUGCCCUUAGCUGCUUCCAUCACUGCUUGACACAGGCCCCUGCUUGACAUGAGUGACUCCAUCUUGCUCUCUACAUUCUACCGCGGGAUUCCUCAUGACGAAUCUGUAGGGGUCAUACAGGAAUCAAAUAUGUCUUAAGCUAGGUCAGCAGUACUAGUUUGCUAACUGUGGAAGAAAGUUAAUCCAAAUCAUUCAAUUGUAUUUUCACUGAGAAUCAAAUAAAAUCAAAUAAAUCUCAAAUCAUAUGAAA